AUGGCAGCAACUCUUGUCAAAUCGCUCACUGCAGAGCCGUAUGCCUUCUUACAGCCGCCAACAAAAUUACAUACAUCGUCCCUCGAUUUCCUCAAGCAAACGCUUGACCCCAUCGCCCAAUCCAUCGCCGAGACACAGCAGCAGCGCUUGCAAGAAGCUCGCAAGAAGAGGAAGCGCGGGCAGAACGACGAGGAUGAGGAGAUUCUGCGUUUGAAAAAAGUCCAUGUCGAGGGAUUUGCUGUCGAGCAAGUCUGGGAACAAGCGAGGCGCAUUAUCGAUGCUGCUAGGAAAGAGGCCCAGCGCAAUUUCGACGAGCUCGCCGAGAAGUACGCUAUCGAUGACUCUGAGGAUGAGAGUGAGGGUCAGGAUGGCGAGGUCUUGUCAGGAGAGGAUGAGAGUGAUAUUGGUGAGGAGGGAGUCGACUACGAAGUCGAGGGCGAGGACAUCGAUGGCGAAGAAGAGGAUGAUGACGAGGAGAUGGAUGUUGACGGCGAGGUUGACGACUACGAAGAGUCAGAUAUUGAGGCCGGCGAGGAUGUUGAAAUGGGCAGUGAAGGCGAGUCUGAGGCAGAAAGUGAGGAAGCGGCCGAAUACAUCCCCGACCCGCACGGCCUGAACGACGGCUUCUUCUCCAUCGACGACUUCAACAAACAAUCAGAGUUCCUCGAGCAAGCAGACGCUCGUGGAGACAAUGACUUCGACGACGAUGACGAGGAGGGCAUCGACUGGGGUGCCAACCCUCUGGCAGCCAGCGCCACAAUCUCAAAAGCAGCACAAGACGACGACGAUGACGAAUCAGACGAUGAGGAUGGUCCGACAUUUGGCAACGUCGAUCUGAACGCUCCCGAGGGUUUCAGUGACAACGAGGAAGAAGUUGAGGAAGGUGAGAUGGACGGCAUGGGCUCGCUCUCGAACACGAACGAAAUCAAAUACGCCGACUUCUUCGCUCCACCAGCUAAAAAGGCACGCAAGAACAAGAAGGGACGUCCGAACCCCCACAACUUCCCUGCCAAACAAGCCUCUCCGAGCGGUGCCGACGAGCCUGCAGAAGAUGACGAGGAGAUGGAGCGCACCAUGGAGAAGGUUCACCGCGACCUGUUCGAUGAUGUAACAGACGACGAAGAGGAUGAGGAAAACCUCGACCCAGCGGACCCUCGCUCUCGCCGCUCAGCACACGAGCGUCGUCAAGCUGCUCUUACCGAAGAAAUUCGUCGUCUGGAAGCUGCGAACGUCGCAAAGAGAGAUUGGACUUUGUCUGGUGAAGCCCGUGCCGCUGAUCGUCCUGUUAACUCUUUGCUCGAAGAAGACCUCGAAUUCGAACGCGUUGGCAAGCCCGUACCAGUCAUCACAGCAGAGAUCAGUGAAAGUUUGGAAGAGCUCAUCAAGCGUCGCAUUCUGGCAGAGGACUUCCAAGACAUCAUCCGCCGCCGUCCUGAUGAUCUAGCCACUGGUAGCUCAAGUAGACGCGGGCGUCUCGACUUCGAGCUCGACGACAGCAAGAGCAAGAAGUCUCUCGCCGAGAUGUACGAGGAGGAGCACCUCAAGGCAACGGACCCUAACUAUGUUGACGCAAAGGACGAGAAGACUCAGAAGGAACAAAGAGAGAUCGAUGCCCUCUGGCGCGACAUCAGCAACAAACUCGACAGUCUCAGCUCCUGGCACUUCAAGCCCAAGGGCCCUGCUACACAACUCGACAUCCGUGUCGAUGCACCUGUCGUUCGUCUCGAAGAUGCCCGCCCUACUGCUGGCGCGGAAGCCGCCGCUGCUUCUCAACUCGCACCACAGGAGAUCUACAAGGCUGGCGAGGCAGCCGAGAAGGCAGAGGCCGAGAUUGCCACUCGUGGCGGCCUGGUCGUCAACCGCGAGGAGAUGAGCAGAGAAGAGCGCAAGCGUCGCCGCAGACGCGACAAGGAGCGCGAGAAGAAGUCAUUGGCCAACAUCGAUCCUUCCAAGAAGGAGAGCAAGAAGACAAAGGAAAGGAAGGGCAUCAUCAGCGACCUCAAGAAGGGUGGUGUCAAAGUUAUCGGCAACAAGGGACAGAUUACAGAUGUUUCGGGUGCUGCUAUCAAGGAUGGCAAAGCACCCUCUGCUGGUGGCUCUUACAAGCUGUAA